GGAAGGCUCCAGGUUGGUGACAGCUGCCAGACCAGAGCAGGGGAGCUGCACACACGGGCAAGGGACAAGCGAGGGUCGGUCAUCAUCUCGGAGGAUCGGUUAUGUGUUGGGUGGUGGCGAGGAGCCCGCGAGAGCUUUCCUUCACCGGGGGAGCGGGGUGAUGAUGAGGAAGAGCAGCUUUUUGCCGCUGACCGGGAAGUUGGGGAAUAACGGAGCCGACGCUUUCACUGAUGGAUUCCUCUGAUUCGUUUACAGAACAACAUUGGACAACUCCAAUUCUUCUUGCUUGUGACGCCGACAUGUGGGUUUAAUUAUGCCCGAGCUCACCUUCGGAUCGUACACGUCCAUGCUCCAUCCUCUGGAUCGCGCUUCUACUAUGCCCAUAUUUGGAGUUAUUUGAGGAGCAGUUAACUGGACUCAACACAUCCAAGUCCGAUGACCGUCUGAUGUCCGUGACGAGCCUCACUGUGACAUGGAAAAAUCGGGACUGUACAGCCUCCUGUAUUACUUCAUUCUCAAUUCUUCCUUUAUGAUUUGUGCAAAUGCGGCAUUUACUGAAGUCCCUAAAGAUGUGAAUGUGGGGGAGGGAGAGGAUGUGGAGAUGCCCUGCGCCUUCAAGGCUGUCAGCUCGGCGCCCAUAUCUUUGGAGAUCCAGUGGUGGUACCUGAAGGAGGACGUGCCUCAACAACUGCCUCAUGAGCUGCAGAUCAGUGCCCCGGCCAACCGAGCCAAGGUCGUUCCAAGGGAAGCCACAAAAAUAAGUACGGUGCGCGUUCAGGGAAACGCCAUCUCCCACCACCUCAGCCUGUCCAAGGUGAAGAAGCAAGAAGAGGGGAUGUACGAGUGCCGCGUGUCCGACCUGUGGGCCGACGAGGCUCAGGAAUUUACGGUUCACGCCGCACUGCACGUCACGAUGGCCGACAGCAUGGUGGCCGAAGAGGCCGUGUCGCACAUCCAGAACCGCUGGCCCCUGAGGAAUACCAACACGGGGCUGGCGGGGGAUGGAGCAGGGAGGGCCACCUCGGAGCCCGGCCAGGGGCUGGCUGGAGGGCAAAGGUCAGGGCAGGGGAAGCACCGGGUGCCUCAGCAGGCCCAGCCCGGCCUCCUCCCGUCCAUCUCGUCCGCCACCACCUUGGUGGCCAAGUCGUCAGCCUCGCCGCUGCCAGGGAACGCAGCCAUCCUCAGGCUGCAGCUCGGAGCUGGUUGCGGUGUGAUCACCACCAUGGACCCCCUCCUCUGCAUCGCUCUAUUGUUCCUGCAUAAACUCCUUCCUUUCCUAUUGGCCCACUGAAGAGACUUCAACCAAAAUUUAAGCCGACAUGCAACGUUCUCACGAUACCAAAAAGAUAAAUAAAACAAGCAGCAGUCAGUAGAGAAAGCUCACAUUAAACCGAUGUAUGCCGUUGAAACAAAUCCCUGCGGGGACUGCAGAAGAGACCGAGAUUAACAGAAGAGAUUACAAAUCUGAUGAGAGGGGCGCUUCUCCGACUUGUAACAGAGAAGGAAGCUCAGUGACUGGAGCGAGCAGAGGGUGGAGAAGAGGAAGGUGCUGACGGGGAACGAUGGGAGUGUCACUACUGAUCCAGCGUGGCCACAUGAAGCGCUGCCUUUAGGCUACUCAGCACCUGCUUCAUGCAUGGCCCUCCUCAAACAUUCCACAUUGCAGCAUUUCCACUGUGAAUUCCAUCAACUUAACACAAAUCACUUCGUCCUACUGCUGAUUUUUAUUUGUUCUAUGGAAAACAUACGACUCCUUGUUUUUCAUUGGAUAGGGCGAUUUGAUCAGCAUGAUAAAUUAGGUAUUGUUCUGUCGCCAUGUGACGUGUCUUUAUUAUACAGAACUACCAUUCAUCCAGUGUGUCGGUCUGAUGUAUGCCAUGUCCACCCCCGUCCUAAACUCACACACUUACUGUUCUUCUGAUAGCUGUGUUCAAUAAUGUAAUCAACAAGUUGAUAUGUUUUGAUUGAGAUAAGGCACAUCUUACCAGUGUUGUUGUUAAUCACAUCCAAUAAUGUUUAUUUUUACGAAAUAUAUGGUGAUCAAAGUGAGACAAGUCAUUUCUGAGACAAAAAUGAAGAUAUAUUAAAUCUGUGUAUCAUU